CUUCAUCAGUUUUCUGAACCGCCCCUUAAAAGAAUUCCCGGUAAACACAAACAAGAACUUUUUCUCGGCAACCAAACAGUCCGACUCUAUGGACGCACUAAUCGCCUCAGCUCUAGAGCAAAUAUGUCUACAGGGAACAAACGGUCUCUCACUCUCUUCUCUCUGGUCCACACUAACUCAAACCACACUCACAAGCCCACUCAAAGCUGCUCUCUGGAGAAACCUCCUCGCCGUUCCAUCUCUUCAAUUCACAAAAAACGACACUCCGUUUACUUCCGCCGAUCCUAAAAUCCAGCGUCUCGAAGACGCCGAGAAACUCAACUUGAAAAUCAUCGCAAAUAAUCAUCUCAGGGAUUGCUAUGUCGGCCUCUACGACGCGGAAGCUGCUCCUGAUGAACGCCUCACUCUCGAACGACUCGCCGUUUCUAGAACUAACGGAAUUACGCAGGAUCAGCUAAGGAAAGAUCUUGGAAAAGAUGCAAACCAAUUCUUUUACACAUUGAAAGGUCUUGAAACUAAAAAAUUAAUUGUCAAACAACCGGCGGUUGUGAGAACUAAAGAAACUGUUGUUGAUUGUGAAGGAGUAGGAGAGAGUAAAAAUAGCUCUGUUGUUAAUACUAAUUUAGUAUAUUUAUCGCGGUACGCGAAGCAUUUAGGCGUUCAACAAAAAUUUGAGAUUAAUAAAGGAGGAAAUGUAGAGGAAACUAGUGGUUUUGUGGAUGAUGUUGCUAUUAAGGAUUUUUUACCUGCUAUGAAAGCUAUUUGUGGUAUGCUGCAGGAAGCUCAUGAUAAGGUGCUGAUUGUUUCGGAUAUUAAACAAUCUCUUGGCUAUACUGGACAUCGAGGGCAUAGAGCUUGGAGAACUAUAUCUGGUAGGUUGAGAGAUGCUGCCAUUGUUGAAGCUUUUGAUGCUAAAGUGAAUGGGAAGAUUGAACAUUGCUUGCGGUUGUUAAAAGAGUUCCCUCCUGAAAAUGUUGAGGAAAGAAGUCUUGGAUAUGAAAAUGAUUGUCCCAGGGAACAACUUGUGAAGUUUGGAAGGAGGAAUCGGCAAACUGAGCAGCUUAUAGAACUCCCUAUUGAGCAUCAAAUUUAUGAGAUGAUUGAUGCUAAAAAACAUGAGGGGGCUACAUUAAUUGAGGUGUGCAGGAGGCUCGGACUUGGUAGGAAAAAGAAUGACUCUCGAUUGGUUAAUUUCUUUCACAGAUUUGACUUUGACGUGCAGUCUGAAAACCAGGGCAAAACUAUAGGAUAUCGAGUUUGGACUCCCGAGAGCUCUAAUCCUGAAGAGUCAAAUGUAUUUGUGGACAAACCCAGAAGCGUCCUUAAUGGAAAUAACAUCUCUACAUUGAUUGAGGGAAAUGAUCUUCCAGAAAGAUCCUCAGUGUAUGAUGGUCCUGAAAGAUCCACUGAAGCUUUCUCAGAGUACAAUCAGUUGACUGUUGAAGUUGAUUUUUCUACAUCUGGAAAAUUGAAUGACAAGGAAAUUGUAGGCGACUUAUGUCAUAGCUACCCUGGGAAUGAUCAAACUAACCAUGGGCCUCAUUGUCCUAACCAGAUGUCAGAGUUUAGUAAUGAGCCAAUAAAUACUACUUCUAUUGCCAAACUUAAUUUUGCGAGUGCGGAAAAGGAUGGAAAUGCUGCUUCCUCAGAAACUACUCUGUUGAAGAUGCCUCAUUCUGGGUCAUAUCAUUCACACCCAUAUCUGCCUUUAACUGUCGAUGGUGCUUUAAGGGAGCAAAGAAUACUGGAACGAUUAAAGAAUGAGAAAUUCCUCUUAAGAGUAGAGCUCCAUAAAUGGCUUAUGAGUCUUGAGAAGGAUAAGCCUACAACAAUGGAUAGGAGGACUAUUAACCGAUUGUUGACAAAGCUUCAGCAAGAAGGUCAUUGUAAAUGUGUGGAAAUAAACCUUCCCACUGUUACAAACUGCACCAGUAAACGUCCUAUUAUGGUUGUUUUGCACCCAUCUGUUCAGAGUUUUCCUUCUGAACUAGUGGGUGAUAUUCAUGAGAGACUGAGGUUGUUUGAGAAAGAAAGUCGCUACCAGGCGUCCAAGUCUAAAACUACGGACCCAAUCCCGGUAUUGAGUGGUGUCAUGAGAACUUGCCCUCGGAAGAAUUUAGAAGAACGAGCUGUUAAAGCGGAGGCCAUGCGUGGCAAUGGUUUUUUAUGUGCAAAAAUGGUUCGUGCAAAACUGCUUCACAGUUUUUUAUUGGGUUACCUAAGCAGCCUGCCUGAAGAUGGUGACGUCUUAUCAACUGGUCCAUGUGAAUGUACUCGCGUGUUUUUUGUACUUGAAGCAGCCAUAAAGGCUCUUCCAAUACAACUAUUUUUGAAGGUGGUAGGGACUGCUCAGAAAGUUGAUAAUAUUGUUGAAAAGAGCAGGAGAGGUUUGCUACUCUCCGAUCUUCCUGUUGAAAAAUACAAACUGCUGAUGGAUACUCAGGCAACUGGGAGACUGUCCCUGAUAAAUGACAUUUUGAUACGGUUGAAGCUGAUUCGGCUGAUACGCAAUGGAAGUUCAGAGAAUGGAGAGAAAAUCUACUAUGGGGACUUUACACAUGGCGUGGAGCUUAGACCUUACAUAGAAGAGCCUUUGUCAGUGAAUGCAGCAUCAAAUUUGAAGUCUCUUGAUCUUCGCCCCAGAAUCAGACAUGAUUUCAUUCUGUCAAAUACAGAAGCUGUAGCUGAAUAUUGGAAAACUUUGGAGUAUUGCUAUGCUGCUGCAGAUCCAAGAGCUGCUUUACAUGCAUUUCCCGGAUCUUCUGUACCCGAGGUUUUCCACCCCCGCUUUUGGACCUCUGUCCGCAUCAUGUCGGCUUAUCAGCGCUCUGAGCUCUUAAAAAGGAUUGUGAAGGAUGAUUUGAAAAAGAAAAUUACAUAUGAAGAUUGUGAGCAAAUUGCAAGGGAUCUGAAUCUGUCCUUACAGCAGGUCCUUCGUGCCUACUAUGGCAAGCAUCAACAACGUCUCAAUGUAUUGCAGGGUGUUGUGAAUGCCCAUGAGGAUCAUCAAGCACGGAAAAGAAUGAAACUCCCUUCUACAAAAAAAAAGCGAUCUAAAGAAUCAAGUUCAGAAAACAAUGGAAGUAUUAAGGCAGCAAAUGAACAUUUUGCUGAACAGGGGCUUAUUCUAGAUACCGAUGACCAUUUCAUGGAGGAACCAGAACUCCUUCCUUCAGGACAUCCUGCUGAUAAUUUGCUAGCAUAUCAUGAGGGUGAUCGUCUAGAUUCUGAGAAGGAACUGCAGUUAAAUCAAAAUAGCAAACAACAUUCUGUAACAAGCCAGCGAGCAUCCUCAGAUACCUCGAAAGACCGGCAUAGAAGGUUUAUAUGGACAGAUACGGAAGAUAGGCAAUUGUUGAUUCAAUACACAAGACAUCGUGCAGUUCUUGGGUCGAAGGUUCAGCGCAUAGAUUGGAAUAAAAUUCCAGACCUACCAGCUCCUCCAAAAACAUGCUCUAAGAGAGUGGCAUCACUGAAUAGAAAUAUACAAUUUCGAAGAGCUCUUAUGAAUUUCUGUACCAUCCUCAGUCAACGUUAUGCAAAGCACCUUCAGAAUAGCCAGAGUGCAUAUCUUGACAAUAGUGGUUGCCAGGUUCUUGUUCGAUGCACAGCAGGUGUUGAUAAAUCAUGUGAUGGUGUUGAAAAUACUAAAGAAGCAGGUUUUGAGGAAGAGCAGUGGGAUGAUUUCACUGAUAAAAAUAUUAAGCAGGCCUUCGAAGGUGUUCUUUUGCAUAAACAACUGGCUAAAUCACAGGCUUUUCAAGGUGUCGAAAGCAAUUUUGAAGAAUUAUCCAAUUUAAACACAAAACUGGAACCCAAAUUAGUUUCAUCAAAUGCCAGUAACAACAAUAUCUAUAAAGAUGACUCCGGAAUGCAUAAAGAUCAUGCACAAAGAUCAAGACGCUAUCGCCUUCAUCAGAAGUUCAUCAAGUGUUUAAAUGGAGGAACUUUUGUCAGUACGCAAGUACAGAAAUCAUUGGCAGUUUCUAAUGCAGUAGAGCUUUUGAAGCUUGUCUUUUUGAGCACUCCAUCAACUCGACAAUUGCAAAAUCAUCUAGCAGAAACGUUAAGGCGUUACUCAGAACAUGAUGUUUUCGCAGCCUUUAGCUAUCUCAGAGAGAAGAAAAUAAUGAUUGGGGGUGAUGGUGAUCAACCUUUUGAGCUGUCUCAACAAUUCUUGCAAAAUGUUUCUAAAUCCCUAUUUCCUUCUAAUACUGGCAAGAGAGCUGCUAAAUUUUCUGGUUGGCUCUAUGAAAGGAAAAAAGAUCUAAUGGAAGGGGGUAUUAGUCUUACUGCAGAUUUGGAGUGUGGGGACAUCUUUCAGUUGUUUGCUCUAGUUUAUUCUGGUGAAUUGUCCAUUUGUCCAUGUUUGCCAGAUAAAGGUGUGGGAGAAGCAGAAGAUCUGAGAAGCUCUAAACGGAAGGCUGAGGAUGCUGGACUUUGUGAUGGUGCAAAAUCUAAGAAAUUUAAGUCUUUGGCAGACAGUGAACUCAUUUCUCGCAGAGAAAAGGGAUUUCCUGGUAUAACAGUACUUCUUCACCGUGCAAGUAUUGUAACGGUUGAUGCCGUAGACUUGUUCAACAAUGUGGGUACUUCUGGUGAACUUAAUUGGAGUGACAAAUUCACUGAUGAUUCCACCCAGAGAAUCAGCUCCGCUUCAUUGCAAAAUGAUGAUCCUCUAGAAAUCCUCAAUGCUGAGAGCAUCCAUCCUUCAGCAAGAUGGUUAAGUGAGACACUUUGGGAGGCAAUGGUAGGCUAUGCAGAAUAUCUGAUGUUGAAACCUUCUGAUCCAGGAAAAGCAAUUUUCUUUACCCCUGAAGUCUUUAGGACUGUUUAUAUGGCCAUUCAGAAGGCUGGUGACCAAGGUUUGAGUUUAGAAGAAGUUUCCAAAAUUGUAGGAGAAGAUAUGAAUGAACAUGUCAUUGAUGUGCUCCAAGCAUUUGGAUUUGUGUUGAAGGUUAAUGCUUAUGACUCUGUACAUGUUGUUGAUUCCUUAUAUCGUUCCAAAUACCUUUUGACUUCAUUGCCGAGCAUUUGUCAAGAUCUUGACCUACAUGCAAUGGCAAUUUCCUCCGAGAAAAACAAAGAUAUAGUUUCCCAGUCUGAAAGUCAUGAUCUGGUUGGCACUAGUUUACACAGAGAAUCAAUUGUAAGAGACAAUCGGGUGCACAAGGUUACUAUUCUUAAUAUUCCUGAAGCGGACGUGCCCUCGACUGGCACAAAUGGAAGCAGUGUGCCUGAAGGCAGAUUCGUCUCAAAUGAAUUACAUUUACCUAUAUUGCCAUGGGUUAAUGGGAAUGGGAGCAUAAACAAAGUUAUCCACGAUGGACUUGUACGCCGUGUUCUUGGAGUUGUGAUGAGAAAUCCAGGCAUAUUAGAGGAGAAUAUUAUUCAGCAGGUUGAUGUGUUGAAUCCCCAGAGCUGUCGAAGUCUGCUGGAGUCCAUGAUAUUGGAUAAACAUCUCAUCGUGCGGAAAAUGCACCAAACCACAUCGAAAGGUCCUCCCGCCUUGCUAGGAGCCCUUUUUGGAGGCAGUAGCAGAGAAUCAUCAAAGUCAGUAUACCAAAAGCAUUUUUUCGCGAAUACCAUGAGCGCAUCAAUGCUAUAGGAAGUCACAGCUUCUUCAUGUCUUAUUGUAUAUCUUGAGCUCGACUAUGCAAAAUACCUGUAGCUAAAUUAACUUAAUAUUGUAAUAGCCUUUUAAAUUAGUAGAAAACCUUAUUUAAAAAAAAAUAGUGGAAAAUCUCAUGUACAGUUUGGAAAAUAUUAUCACACUAAUUAUACGAGUUCCAUUCUGAGUUUUGU